AUGCAGCACUCGCAGCUGGCCCCGUUGCCAACGGAGCUGCCCUUUCGCAUCGUCUCCAAAACAAUCGGCCAGGGCGCUUAUGCAUGCAUCAAGAAGGCGUCGCCCCUGCAGGACGAAAAUCCCGUUUUCGCCGUCAAGUUCAUCCACAAAGAGUACGCACAGCGCCAUGGCAAGAUCGGGGCGCGCCAGCUGCAGAUGGAGGUGACGGUGCACAAGCACAUUGGCGACCACAACAACAUCAUCUCCUUCUUCCACACCGGCGAGGAUGCGACCUGGCGGUGGAUCGCCAUGGAGCUGGCCGAGGGCGGCGACCUCUUCGACAAGAUCGAGGCCGAUGAGGGCGUCGGCGAGCACAUUGCCCACCUCUACUUUACCCAGCUGAUCAGCGCUGUCAGCUACAUGCACUCGAGGGGCGUCGGCCACCGCGACAUCAAACCAGAGAACAUUCUGCUGUCCGAUGACGGCAAUUUGAAGAUUGCCGAUUUUGGACUGGCCACCGUCUUCGAGUACAACGGCAAGAUGAAGAUGUGCACAACCUUGUGUGGGAGUCCGCCGUAUAUAGCCCCAGAGGUCAUUGGGUGCAGCACGCGCGGCCAGACCAAGGGCCCAGGCUAUCGAGCCGACUCUGCGGAUAUCUGGUCGUGCGGCGUGGUCUUGUUUGUGCUGCUGGCCGGCAACACCCCCUGGGACAGCCCAACGGAAAAUAGCUACGAGUAUAGCGAGUACGUCGAGAAGAAUGCAAGGACAACCGACGAGCUCUGGCAGCGACUGCCGCCAACCGUCUUGUCGCUUCUACGAGGCAUGAUGAAAGUGGACGUGAACAGCCGCUUCACCAUGGAAGAUGUGAGGAGACAUCCCUGGUUUACACAGCCGAACAAGUAUCUAUCUACCGAGGGAAAGUUGCGAGACCAGGUGAAUCUUGCAACCAGCAUGUUCGAGUCGCUGCGUAUCGAUUUCAGCCAAGAUCCUAUUGCACAGUCACAGAGAAGUCGCCAACGAGCUUCUUCCUCGGCCAUGGAAAUCGACUCCUCCGACGGGCUGGAGGCGCGACUGUCCUCUACACAGCCCGAGAUGCCAACCGAUAACCUGACCGUGGACUGGGAUGCGCCGCUGGGCAAUGCAUUCUCUGCUACACAGCCAAUCGAUUAUGGCAUAUCCACCACCCAGGACUUCCUCAUGGCAGACCGACUGGAAGACGAGCCGGCCAUGUCCCAAUUCAGCCAGAAUCCGUCGGUACCCAUCAGCCGCACGCAAAAUGCGCAAAAGUUCCGCGACAUCAUCCCCUCGCGGUCGUUGAAUCGCUUCUACUCUACGUGGGCGCUGAAGCUCCUUGUCCCUUUCUUGAGCGAAGCGCUCCAUCGUCUGGGCGUUCCUGUUCCGGCUCAUCUUCCGGGCUCGGACAGCGUUGGUCCGAUUGCCAUUCGAGUCGCGACCAAGGAUCAGCGGCUCUGUCUGCUGCAGGGCACAAUUAUAGUGGAAUGCGUCUCCGAUGGCCUGUUCGAGGCCGAGUUCACCAAAGUCAAAGGCGACCCCCUCGAGUGGAGGCGCUUCUUCAAGAAGGUCGCCGUGUUGUGCAAAGACGCAGUGUACAAACCAGACUAG